AUGUCAGUACUGAUAAAUAGGUCACCAAUGAAGUCCUUCAGGAUGGAAAGGGGUUUAAGGCAAGGAGAUCAUUUGUCUCCGUUUCUCUUCAUUCUUGUUAUUGAUGUUCUGCACAAGAUAAUAGGAGAGGUAAUUCGGAAUGGGCGCAUUUCUCCAUUAUUGGUAGGGAGGGAUAAUAUAAAGUUGUCUCAUCUCCAAUUUGUGGAUGACAUUAUGUUAUUCUGCCCCCUGAAGAGGAAACUGUGCGAAACUAUAGGAGACUGGGAACAUCGGAUGUGUGGUGUUUUGAGGUGCAAGGCGACAGUACUAUCUGUGAAGUACCUUGGUAUCAAUCUAGGGGUGAAUUCGCGGCUUGUGAAAACAUGGAAACCAGUGAUUGAUAAGAAUGUUACGCUUCUGGUUACACCAUUCUGGUAG